AUGUUCAUUCUUCGCCUCGUUCCAAGUUGGGUCCACCUGCUCUGGCUGGUUCUGGCCAUAGGUGUUCAAGGAGCAAAUCACGACGAGCGCCGGAGUGUCGCACUCGCCGGCCAAGCAUUCGAAAUUCUUCAGGACUAUGCCCAAACUCAAGCAACACCAGCCAGUAGCAAUUGUACCUUUGAAACGGCAGCCAGGAGACAAGAAUGGACAAGAUUGUCGCGAGAGCAGCGCAUGGCAUACAUCAAUGCCACACUCUGCCUCAUGUCAAAGCCCUCCCUCACUGACCCACGCCUCGCCGCGGGUGCAAAGUCGCGAUACGACGACUUCGUCGCCAUCCAUAUCAACCAGACGCAGACGAUCCACAAUACGGCAAAUUUCCUGACGUGGCACCGCCUCUUCACGUGGAACUACGAGCAGGCCCUCAUCAGCGAGUGCGGCUAUGAGGGCACCCUGCCGUACUGGGACUGGGCCGAGACGGCGGAUGAUCCGCUGGGCGCUGAGAUCUUCGAUGGCAGCGACUGGAGCAUGAGCGGAAACGGGGUAUAUGCGCCGCACGGCUGCACGGCUGGCCGCCCAGGGAACUGUAUACCACCUGGAGAUGGUGGCGGCUGCGUCGACAAGGGUCCGUUCCGCGACAUGACGGUCAACCUUGGGCCAAUCCAGCCGCUGCUGACUGUUGCGGGCAUUGUCGCCAUGCCGGCGAAUGAUACUCUGAAGUGGAACCCGAGAUGCUUGCGACGGGACAUCACGAACUGGACCAGCACGCGUUGGACGUCAGAGAAGAAUUUGACGGAUCUGUUGACACUCCAUGACGAUAUCUCGAGUUUCCAGUUCACCAUGCAGGGCAACUACUCAGCUGGAGAUUAUGGUGUACAUGGCGGUGCACAUUUUAUUACAAGUGGCGACCCUGGCGGAGAUCUCUUCAACAGCCCAGGCGACCCCAUCUUCUUCCUCCACCACGCCAUGAUCGACCGAGUGUUCUGGAUCUGGCAGAACCUUCACCCAGAGGAUCGGACAGAAGUUGUUGGUGCAACGAUCACGCGAGGCAACGUUCCGCCUAGUCGGAAUGGGUCGCUGACGGAUGCGCUCUUCAUGGGCGUGCUGACAUCGUCGCCUCCCAUCACAAUUGGCCAGGCAGGGAGCACUUUGGGCUUCACAGGCGCUCCGUUCUGCUAUAUUUACACUUAA